CAUGAACAUAUUUUACAUAUAAAGAGGAAUUCAAAAUGAUGUUUAAGCAUAUUUAAGUGUUAAUAUCAUAGCAUAAAGAGAAGUAUCCAGUGAGGAGUCCAGUGAAGGAUGUUCAAAAAGAAAAUCUUCAGUAAUGUUUAGAAUAUUUCAGUAUAUUUUAACAAAGAAUAUUGAUGAGUUUAUAGGACUUUUGUAUUUGUGAGUGUCAUGAUCAAAGUUAUCAAGUUCCUGGUAGACUGCUGAUUUCAUUCAUUUUAACACCCUAAGACUGGCGAUGUACUCUGUGUUCUUUGCAUUGAUUGCCAUGAGUGUGCUUCGAGGUUCAUCGGAAACUGAGUUUGGUGAAUUAGUAACUGGCAAGGCACGGCAAUCAUCGACUUACCAUGAAUGCACUGCGGACAAGGCGCAAGAUGGCAUUAAGAUAUUCUACGAGAGUACCUCAAAUUGUACCUGUAGCGUUACUCGCAAUAUCAAUGGAUAUGCUUUCUGGGAAAUAGAUUUGUCCGCACAACAUUACAUCGAGCACAUAGCAGUGACCGGUCGCACAGAUCAUCAGCAAAGUCGAAACCUUGUUGCCUACAUUGGGUAUUCACAAUUGGGAUACUUACCCAGUACAAAGCAGCUGAACGACCCAGAUAAGUCCAAAAUUGGCCUGGAUAUAUACCUCGAUCCUCCCCGACCGGCGCGAUACAUCAACAUUCAGAAAUCGGAUAUCAUUGAUGUGAUGACGUUAUGUGAGGUUGAGGUAUUUAAAACAGAAUGCCCUUGUCAACAAUUUGGUGUCAAAUGUAAACGGUACUGUCACUGUACUACUCCUACCUGCUGUGACAGUGUAUAUGGACAAUGUCAACAAUGUGAACCAGGAUGGAUUCCGCCGACAUGUGAAACAGAAUGCGAGAAGGGGGCGUACGGUCAGGACUGCAGCCAAACAUGCAAUUUAAAUUGUUUGUACAACCACUGCGAUGCAGUGACUGGAUCUAAAUGCGUGGAGGGUUGCCAGCCUGGUUAUGAUUUCUCUUCAAGCGAGGAUUGUUAUGACGAAUGCCAAAGUGGAUUUUACGGUGACUGUAGCCAAAAGUGUGGGAACUGCAAAUUCCAGGCCUGUAACAAAGUAAACGGUCAUUGUGAAGAAGGAUGUGAUGUCGGAUUCACAGGAGAAAGAUGUCAACUUGCUUGUUCGAAAGGAACGUAUGGCGAUCACUGCUCCGGCACGUGUAGUUCGUUUUGUUAUAAUGACCGACAAUGCGAUCAUAUCACCGGUUUUUGCGGUAGAGGUUGUGUACCCGGGUAUGAUUAUAAUAUGGAUCCACAGUGCAAUUACCCAUGUAAAGAUGGAACAUAUGGCGCAAAUUGUACUCACGUUUGUGGACACUGUGGGAACGAAAAAGCAUGUGAAAAAAGGACCGGUCAAUGUACAAACGGAUGUGACUUAGGGUUUUCUGGAAGAAUGUGCAAAGAGCCUUGCGUGAACGGGUAUUUCGGAUACAACUGUUCUUCUCCGUGUCAUUGCAAUGGUUCCGAUUUCAAGUGUGAUACCCGCUAUGGAAAUUGCUCCAAUGGUUGUUCAUUCGGAUAUGGAGGAUUCAACUGCAGUAUAGGUUGUAUACCUUCCAGUUGGUUCUUUACAAAGUACUAGGUGAAGAUUUGGAUAUCAUCUCAAGUGGCGCUGUAAACCCGCGUGCUAAUCAAUCAAGCCAGUAUGAG